AUGUCUCUUCCACCAGAGCAGAUCAAUAUCAAGCGUCGACGAGCGGAAGAGCCUGUCGAGGCCCUUUACAUACAGGAUGCAGUUACCGCCAAGAGACCCCGAUUCGAGGAAUUCUACUUUCAGCGCGUGACUGUCGACAGCAAUGGAAACCCCAGUGGAGCGGGCGCAUUGACGCCUACUGAUCCUGCCACACAGAGGAUCUUGCGUACCCCUCGCUCGGUGAGCAGCCCUCUUGUUAAUCGCCGAUCGACCCAGUCGACAGGCGUACCCUCUGUACGUGCCACCUCGCCUGGUGCAGAAUUUCGAGAAGCACAGCGGCUUGCAGCAGUCCGGAAGAACUAUGCAGAGAAACGCCGACAAGCAUUGGAGUCUACUCCUAUUCAUUCCUCGCCACCUCCCACAGAGGCAUCAUCAAUCACUGAACCAGCCACGCCGGGGAAUGUCUCUAACUCUGGGAUCUCGACUCCGUCCUCGAACCGCCCGGAAAAUCUGCGUCGUUUUCAAAUCACCCGAUCCGGUCCCAGUGGUUUGAGCGGGCUGCUCGGAUCACCUGGGAUUCAGAAACGUAGACGCUUCGAUGGAAAGUCUCCUAUUGCGGUUCUCAUGGAAAAGCGCCAAGGCCCUCUGUCACGCAAGGCCUCGGUCAUUUCGGACAUAGUGACGCAAGUUGAGGUCGAAGCAGAUACUGUGGAUGUUGCCGUUGAGGAGAAAGUCGAGGAGAAACCACGGAAACGGCCAGUUGUGAAUCAGGCUGAGAGAAAGUGGAGGGAGUCGCGCCAAGCAGCUAUUGCCGAAGCCAAACGCCAAAUUGAUGAAAAUCUAGAGAAAUCUGCCCAUGCGCAUAACAGCACUUGGGAUGAAGAGUCCGAUCGUCUUGCGAAAGAGUUUGAGCAGGUUGCAUUGGAGAUUGAGCGUGGUAAUGUCAUUGAAGAUCGCAUGGAGAACCAAAAACAAGCGACACCUCAGCUGUAUCAUUCAUCUCAACCCCGAAAGCCAUUGAAAUACCAACCCAAGGCACCAAAACACCGAGCGGCGGCACAGACUCAACAGCCUAUUCAUGAAUCUCAGGUCGAAUCUCCAGACGUUGAAAUGGAGAGUGACUAUGUUUACGAUGUGUACAUCCGUCGCCCUAUUGCGGAGAUGGGCAUGCUCACCAACCCUCUUUCCGAGCUCGAGUCUGAAAACCACUUGAAAUCGCUACAGGCUGCUAAUUCUGGCAUCGGCGUCAUUGUCAUCACUCCCGAGGACGAGGACUACUGGGAGCACUUUGUCGAGGGCGAUGAAGAGGAAUGGGAUAGUGAAGACGCUGAUUCCAAUGCCGAAAAUAACCCCGCGAAUGACUACCCUGAGGAUGAAAUGUCUUCUGAAGAUGAGGACGAUGACCCGACUGCGAUCUACAGCAAAUAUCGUAACCGCGGUGCUUCUGAUGACGAGGAGUACAACUUUGAUGACUCGGAUAGCGACGGUGGAAAUCGAUACGGGCAGUGGCGUCAUGGUGGUGGUUAUGUUCACUCGGACGAUGAGGACGACUGGUAA